AUGCUCAAAAACGGACGCCCAAAGGCGAAUCUUCGCAACAGCCUCGACCGCGACGUCUAUCAGAUCGUGAAGAAGCUCGAGGAUGAACGCACAGCCAACCAGCCCAAGGACAGGAAACGCGCAAAGCUCACCAUUUCGGGUGUCUACGACAUCAUCAAGAAGUCCAACUCGAGUCUUGCUCGGCAGAAGAGGAAACCCUUGGAGGACGCCAUCGAUCGCUGCUUGGACUUUCUGAAGCAGGAACAGUCCGAUUCUGAAGACAGUGAGGCGGCGUUGGAUGAGAUCAACGAGUCAAACAAAAUGGCCAAACAGUGGAACGCCACGGCCCAAGGCGCUGAGGGGAAGAGCACCAAGCGGCGACGCCUGUCUCCAGAGCCAGACGCCGUUAACGGGACUGAGGCCGUCAGCGACGGCUCUGCUAUUACCCCUGGAAAACCAUCCAAGACCAAUGGAACGGCACAGGCCGAGGCUCAAGCUUCAGGGACAAAGAAGGCGCCGAAGCCGCCCAAGUACGCCGCCGAACAAGUCGAUCCAGAGUCUAUCGUUCUCGGAGGCGUGGCAUCGACCGUGGACGAACUCGACAGGGCCAUUUUCUCACGUCUCAGGCGACCGGAAGGUCGUCAACGCCUCCAAGGAAUGCCCGUUGGCUACAUCAUUUCUGGGCCGCCCGGUACCGGCAAACAGUCUGCCGUGCGUAUGCUCGCCGCUAUCAGCUCUACGCCCAUCAUACCCCUAGGAAAGCAUCUAGAGGAGGCCACAAAGUCGCCAGAAAAGGUGACCAAGAUCAUAACGGACGUCUUCGACGAAGCCACAAAAUGUGCUCCAUGCAUCAUCUUAAUCGAAGGCUUGCACGACUACAUGCCCAAGUCGGGCAACACACAGAGUGACCGAGAGCAAGAAAUUGUGACCCAACUCAGGAUAGGCAUGAGACGCCUACGGGACUGGCAGCGGGAGAAUGAACCCGUCUUCGUCGUGGCUACUACCACCAAGAUUGAAACCAUCGACGCCAGUCUGUGCCGGGGCCCGCGUCGUCAACGCGCUGCUGCGGAGCUCGACGGUGCCGGCGACCGCGGCGAGGUCUACGUCAUCGGCACGAGCAACCGGCCUGACAUGAUCGACCCGGCCGUGCUGCGCCCUGGUCGUCUCGACAAGCUCCUGUUCGUCGACAUGCCGACGGAGGACGAACGCGUCGAUAUCCUGCGGACCAUCUACAGGAACGGCAUCGGCGGCAGUGACAAGGCGGCCGAUGCCGUGAUGGAGGGCACCGAGCAGGAGGCCACGGCGGGCAGCGGCCCUGACGUGAUCGAGACGGUAGCGCGGGACCCGCGGUGCAAGGGCUUCAGCGGUGCCGAUCUCUACGGGCUGUACAAGAACGCGCUGGACGCGUGCGUUCUGCGGUACGAGGGCGGCGACCCCUCCCUGUCCCGGGCCGACUGGGAGGCUGCGCUCGAGCAGACGAAGCCGAGCGUGCCGAAUCCCGAGAGCUAUCGCAAGUUGGCGGCCAAGUUGCAUCACCAGAGGUAG